AUGGCUGAUCAACCCGCCCACACCCUGGACCACAUCUUCCAGAACAACAAAAAAUGGGUCGAGACCAAGAGCAAGGCUGACCCCGCCUUUUUCAAUAACCUUGCUGCGGGGCAGAAGCCCAACUACCUAUACAUUGGCUGUAGCGACAGCCGUGUCCCAGCCAAUGAGAUCAUGGGCCUGGAGGCAGGCGAGGUCUUUGUCCACCGCAACAUUGCCAACCUGGUCCCCAAUGUCGAUCUCAACGUCAUGUCUGUCAUCAACUAUGCCGUGCGCCACCUCCGAGUCAAGCACAUCAUUGUUUGCGGCCACUACAACUGCGGCGGUGUCCAGGCAGCGCUCACCUCUGCUGACUUGGGACUGCUGAACCCAUGGCUCCGCAACAUCCGCGACGUCUACCGCUUGCACGAGAAGGAACUCGACGCAAUUCCCGAUGAGCACCAGCGCUACAACCGAUUGAUUGAGCUCAAUGUAGUGGAGUCCUGUAGGAACAUUAUCAAGACCGCUGCUGUCCAGCAAAGCUACGACCGGGAUGAGUUCCCCGUUGUCCAUGGAUUGGUCUUCGAUCUGCGUGACGGUCUGCUCAGGAACCUCGAGAUCGACUUCGAGGCCAUGCUCCAGGACGUGAAGAAGAUUUACUGCUUGUCGCCGGGUCCCAAGAAGGAUUAA